CCGCCCUCUCGUCUCCGGGGGUGGGGUUACGUGUGGGUGACGUGGCGGCUUCUAGUCUUUGGUCGGGUUUCGGCGGCUUCGGUUCCCGGGGAGAAGGCGGUGACGACCCGAGGGAUUGUGGCAGUGGCGGUGGCGGCGGCGGCGCCAGGCGGCAGAGAGGAGGUAGGACACGCUCUAAGAGGGGUCUGACCGCAGUGUCUGCUCUGGACAGUUCUUUCCGGGGACGGUGCGGGCUGGGGGGAAGGGAACCAGGGGCAAGCGGGCAGGUCCUGCCGGCCCGGCUCGAAGUGAGCGAAUACGUCGCCGUCCAAUCAGGAAAGCCCCUGUUGAGAAAGACGUCGGCCUUAGCUAAUCAGUGGUUGCAGUCCUCCAGACGGUGGGACUUAGGCGAAUCGAGGGUGGUACUUCCUGCUUCUAAUAAACACCUAGAGAUUUCCCCCCUCCGCCCACCGAAGUGUGUCCCUCUCAGGAGGUCCGUCACCGUUUCUCCCUGACGAAUCGGAGGAACCCGUGGAUACGAGAGGGCCCAGUUAGGGCCUAGGGCAGUUGCACGGGCCGGGCUGGAGCUUCGGAGCCACAGGACCUGGCUCUGGCCCUGCCUCUACUUCAGGGCCCGGCCCGCGCUCUGGCCGCCAGAACCAAGUUGGGAGAAGAGUCUGAGGAGCGGGACGGCUUGGGCCAGAGAAGAAGCGGGAUCCUGCCCGCUGCGGUUCGGCCCCAGGAUCUGCGGGAGGCUUCGGGCGCGAAAGUCCGUGCCAAGUGCAGAGGGGCCCCGAGGAUCUGCUGGUUGGGGGGAUUUGUGGGGAAGGAGGCUGCCUGGGGAAUGACACUCUCCCCUCCACCACAGUCCAAGGUUAUGCGUCUCAAUGAUCCCGCGGAAACGCUACGGAUCUAAGAACACGGAUCAGGGUGUCUACCUGGGUCUCUCAAAGACACAGGUCCUGUCCCCUGCAACUGCUGGCAGUAGCAGCAGCGACAUCGCCCCUCUGCCCCCCCCAGUGGCCCUGGUCCCUCCCCCUCCCGACACCAUGUCCUGCCGGGAUCGGACCCAGGAGUUCCUGUCUGCCUGCAAGUCCCUGCAGAGCCGUCAGAAUGGAAUCCAGACAAACAAGCCAGCUCUGCGUGCUGUCCGGCAGCGCAGUGAAUUCACCCUCAUGGCCAAGCGCAUUGGGAAAGACCUCAGCAACACAUUUGCCAAGCUGGAGAAGCUGACAAUCUUGGCAAAGCGCAAGUCCCUCUUUGAUGAUAAAGCAGUGGAAAUUGAGGAGCUAACUUAUAUUAUCAAACAGGACAUCAAUAGCCUCAACAAACAAAUCGCCCAGCUUCAAGAUUUCGUGAGAGCCAAGGGCAGCCAGAGCGGCCGGCACCUGCAAACCCAUUCCAACACCAUCGUGGUCUCCUUGCAGUCAAAACUGGCCUCCAUGUCCAAUGACUUCAAAUCAGUUUUAGAAGUGAGGACAGAGAACCUGAAGCAGCAGAGGAGCCGGCGGGAGCAGUUCUCCCGGGCACCCGUGUCAGCCCUGCCCCUUGCCCCCAACCACCUAGGGGGCGGUGCUGUGGUUUUGGGGGCGGAGUCUCGAGCCUCUGGGGAUGUGGCCAUUAACAUGAUGGACUCUAGGACCAGCCAGCAGCUGCAGCUCAUUGAUGAGCAGGAUUCCUACAUCCAGAGCCGGGCAGACACCAUGCAGAAUAUUGAGUCCACAAUUGUUGAGCUGGGCUCCAUCUUCCAGCAGUUGGCACACAUGGUUAAGGAACAGGAAGAAACCAUUCAGAGGAUCGACGAGAACGUGCUGGGAGCCCAGCUGGAUGUUGAGGCCGCCCACUCAGAGAUCCUCAAGUACUUCCAGUCGGUCACCUCCAACCGGUGGCUUAUGGUCAAAAUCUUCCUCAUCCUCAUUGUCUUCUUCAUCAUCUUUGUGGUCUUCCUUGCCUGAACCCUCUCCACUCUGAGGCACUCCAUGGGGGUUUGGAACCCUCCAGGGAGGGCAGGUGGCCAGAGCUGCCACUGAGCCUAUGCAGGGUGCUUGGGAGAAAGGCCCUGUUUCCUUCGAACUGCUAAGAAUGGCCACUGCCCCCAAUCCCCCACUCCUUGCCUCUGGCCACCCUGUCCUCCCCUCACCACCCUCCAGCCCAUGAAACACACACGGUUCUGGAUUUGGACUCUGCUGUGAAGUGGCUGGAAGGGAGCAGAGGCCAACUGGGGGGCUCAACGCGCAGGUUGUCUCCACUAGGAGAUUUUUAUAAACCCUACCCAGCCUGUCGCAAAAGAAACUUUGGCAGCAAGGGGAGGUGAUGUCCUCCCCCACCUUCCUGAGAGUGAGGAGAGGAAGUGAAACUGGUCCAGGGACCAACUUUCCCAUCUGGGUUAGAAUUUGACCUCUUCUUCCUCUCUUCACCAUGUGAGGCAGGGGGCCCUGAGCCCCUCGGCUGCCUGCAUAACCCCAACUUUGGCUGCAGGUGACUCUCAAUCUGCCAAAUGUGCUGCAGCCUGUUUUCUCCCAAUUACAAGACUGUCAGCCUCACUAGCCAUGUCGUCAUUUUUGGGUGGGAGCGUCAAAAGGCCUAGGCAGCAAGUGGAGUGAGCCCACUGCCCAAUGUUACAACUGAAAGGGUUGGGCUGAUGGCCCCAAGGGGCCAGGCUUUGGGCUCCAUGCACACAGCUGUCUCCAGCAGGGGAUAACCAAGUGCAGCAGCACUUAAUUAGCAUGGAAACUUCCCUUCAAAGGGGGGAGCAGGAUCCCAGAGUGGGUCUCUGAUCGGUGGCAACUUCCAGGACCAUCUCCAGAAGUACUUGGACCUGUUUCAUCUGCAUCCUCCAACCAGCUGGCCCCACGUUUUCCUUGGGCUGGAUGAAGCAGGAGUUAUGCCUGCUGCCAGGAGUGAAAGGACGUCGGCGGCGUGUGACGCUCUCGCCGCAUAAAUGCAGUGGCACCCGGCGUAGGAGCACUUCGGCCUGGAACGCCUGGGCGUUCGGACGUUAAGCUGUGUCGCGGCCCGCGACAGAGCCCUCCCUUUCUUGGUGUGCCAUGGCGGACGAGGGGAAGUCGUACAAUGAGCACGAUGACCGAGUUAGUUUCCCUCAAAGAAGAAAGAAAGGCCGGGGCCCUUUCCGGUGGAAGUAUGGUGAGGGGAACCGGAGGUCUGGAAGAGGAGGUCCUGUCGUUCGGUGUUCCCGCCUGGAGGAAGAUGACAGAGAUGUGGCGAUGAGUGAUGCCCAGGAUGUUCCCCGAGUACGAUACAACCCCUAUGCUGCACGACCCAACCGUCGGGGUGAGAGUUGGCACGAGCGGUCUCGAAUUCAUGUUACUGUGCCUCUGCGGAGAGAUCGAGCUGCUCCAGAGAGGGGAGGGGCUGGCACCAGCCAGGAUGGGACCUCAAAGAACUGGUUUAAGAUUACAAUUCCUUAUGGCAGGAAAUACGACAAGUCAUGGCUCCUGAGCAUGAUUCAGAGCAAGUGCAGUGUCCCUUUCACUCCCAUUGAGUUUCACUAUGAAAACACACGGGCCCAGUUUUUUGUUGAGGAUGCCAGUACUGCCUCUGCAUUGAAGGCUGUCAACUAUAAGAUUUUGGAUCGGGAGAACCGCAGGAUAUCUAUCAUCAUCAACUCCUCUCCUCCACCCCAUACUGUGCAGAAUGAACUGAAGCCAGAACAAGUAGAGCAGCUAAAGGUGAAGCAGCCUCAAGGGAUGGGUGCUUCCACCCGCGUCCUGCCAGUUCUCACCCUCCCCCCACGCCCACACGCAACUCCAGUGACCGCUGAAUCCUUUGUCUUCCUCUGUAGCUGAUCAUGAGCAAACGAUACGAUGGCUCCCAACAAGCACUUGACCUCAAGGGCCUCCGUUCAGACCCAGAUUUGGUGGCGCAGAACAUUGAUGUUGUCCUGAAUCGUAGAAGCUGUAUGGCAGCCACCCUGCGAAUCAUUGAAGAGAACAUCCCUGAGCUGUUGUCCUUAAACUUGAGCAAUAACAAGCUGUACAGGCUAGAUGACUUGUCCAGCAUUGUGCAGAAAGCACCCAAUCUAAAGAUCCUCAAUCUUUCUGGAAAUGAGCUGAAGUCUGAGCGGGAGUUGGACAAGAUAAAAGGGCUGAAGCUAGAAGAGCUGUGGCUUGAAGGAAACACCCUGUGUGAUACCUUUCGAGACCAGUCCACCUACAUCAGGUCAGUGUUAACCUCUGUCUCCCCUCCUGGGGACCUUCACCCCCUGGGAGGCUGAGCUGAUGCACCCUGACCAGUGCCCGUCUGCAGGAGAUGUGCAGCCCUGAGCUGGAACCACCUGUCCUUGGGGAGGAUCAUGUGCUCCUCCCUUUUGUCUGUCCGUGACACCCAGCUUUGCCCCAGGCCGCCUUUCCUUUCUUCUCACCUGUCUGCCUGUUUGCUGGUUCUGUGGCCUUUCUCCUCCCUUCCUGAACACAGCCUUUUCUACACUCCCCCUACCCUUUUGUUUCAAGAAGAGCAUGUCCCUUUUUUACCAUGACUAGGGGUCAUCUUGUAUAUUAUGCCCCAUACAUUGAGUUGCUUUGAGCCAAGAGCCUGGUAUCCCUGGGCAGAGAAAGCCCUCCCUCCCUGGGACUUCCUGCUGAUGGAAGUUCUUCCUUCCUCUGUCCUGCAACGGCCCCUCUUGCCCUUUUGCCAAGAGGGGCUCUCUUCUCACAAUCUCCUUGCCCAAGGCUAUUGCCUGGGCUUUCCUGCCCACGCUGAGGUUGAGGCCUCCUGGUGGCUGGUGCCAUGCAAUCGGUCUCUCUUGCCCAAUGCUGUAAGCUGGGCCUUCCCUGGAGGAGAAACCUGGGUUCCCUAAGACAUGUGACCAGAGCCGGGGCCCCGCCAGUUGGCGAGGGAAUCCCAAGGCAGGUGCUGGGCGUGGAGGCCACGGGGGCAUAGGCUACCAAGGAGACAGAGAACUGACCCUCUCUGGGGGCGCUGCCCCUCGCUCACUCGCACACCUCACAUCACCCUGCUUGGCCCCGGAGGAUGGCUGGUUAGCCAGAGACGGGUAAGAUUCCUCAGGGAAGGAACAACCUAAGACAGGCACAGUCGCAGAGGGGCCAUCAGGAGAGAACUUGGGGGCCAACAGAGGUGGGGCACAGACCCUCACCCCCCCCAACUUUGCAGGGGCCUGAACCCUCACCCCUUCUGAGGGAGGUCUCCUGCCCCCAUGGCUGCUUCGCUUCCCACGCCCAGCUCAGAUCGGAACCCAGGUGGCAGACAGAGACCUGGCCAAUAGCAGCUGCCCUCUCGCCACAGCAAGGAUUUGUUUCCCAUUUCCUCCUUGGAUCACAGGGAAGAGGGAGCUGAAAGAAAGGGCUGUGUCAGGUGCCUUCUUCCCUUUGUUCUCCCUCUUCUUUCUAAAUGACUCUUGCCGUGUAGUGCUUUCGCUUCUUCUUUGCUUUCUCUUUCCUUUUUCUCUCUCCUCGCCAGUAUCUCCCCCAGCUCUCCUUUGCUCCUUCCUCUCCUACCUUUUCUCUCUCUUCUCCUUUUCGUCCCCUCUCUUCUUCCUUGGCCUCAUCUCCUCCUGAGCCCUGCCUUGCUCAUCUCCCUGCCCCAACAUCCUGUGCCAUUUCUGUGGUGUGUUCUGGUCUUGGCCACGGCCAGACCUGGCAGAAGUGAUGGAUACCUGUUGAGGCAGCGGAGCCCUGGGCUCCCACCCCAUUCCCUCCUCCUGGGGGCUGCACAGGUGAGUAGGUGGAAGGUAAGGGGGACAGGGAGGGAAAGGAGGUCCUGGCUUAAAGCCUGGGCUGGGAGUGCUGCUCCAGUGGCGCACUCAGAGGCAGGCAGAGAGGAGAGAGUCGUCCUCCGAGGCAGUCAUUUCUGGGUGCCCCAGCAGAGGUGGGGAGUUGGGGCCGUUUUUCCUGGAGCUCAGAGGCCAGGAAAGAGUGAGGACAAGGAGGAUGGGAUGGGCUGUCCCUCGGGCAUUGGUGUAUUUGCCCCUAGAGCAGCCCAGGAGGCACGGUGGCUCUGAAACAUCACUCACUUCUGUCCCGUUCUUGACAGCGCCGUUCGAGAGCGAUUUCCCAAAUUAUUACGCCUGGACGGCCAUGAGUUACCCCCACCGAUUGCCUUUGACGUUGAAGCCCCUACAGUGUUACCGCCCUGCAAGGGAAGCUACUUUGGAACAGAGACCCUGAAGAAUCUGGUCCUGCACUUCUUGCAGCAGUACUAUGCGAUAUAUGACUCCGGGGACCGGCAGCGGCUCCUGGAUGCCUACCACGAUGGGGCCUGCUGCUCCCUGAGUAUUCCUUUCACCCCCCAGAACCCUGCCCGAAGCAACUUAGCGGAGUACUUCAAGGAUAGUAGGAAUGUGAAGAAGCUUAAAGACCCUACCCUGCGGUUCCGGCUGCUGAAGCACACACGUCUCAACGUCGUGGCCUUCCUCAAUGAGCUGCCCAAAACUCAGCAUGACGUCAAUUCCUUCGUGGUAGACAUAAGCGCCCAGACAAGCACGCUGCUGUGUUUUUCUGUCAAUGGAGUCUUCAAAGAAGUGGAUGGAAAAUCUCGGGACUCUUUGCGAGCCUUUACCCGGACGUUCGUCGCUGUUCCUGCCAGCAAUUCAGGGUUGUGCAUCGUAAACGAUGAGCUGUUUGUGCGGAAUGCCGGCCCCGAUGAGACCCGGAGGGCCUUUGCCAUGCCUGCACCCACGCCGUCUUCCAGCCCAGUGCCCACCCUCUCCCCGGAGCAGCAGGAGAUGCUGCAGGCAUUCUCCACCCAGUCUGGCAUGAACCUUGAGUGGUCCCAGAAGUGCCUUCAGGACAACAACUGGGACUACACCAGAUCUGCCCAGGCCUUUACUCAUCUCAAGGCCAAAGGCGAGAUCCCAGAAGUGGCGUUCAUAAAGUGACCCGUAGUCAAGCCCCAGAAGAUCCCUGUAAAUAACCCUUGGAUGUAGUGAUGUCUCCUCUCCGGCCCCAAGGCCACCCUGUGACUGUGACCGAGGAGGGGGUGCUGCUGGAUCCCUCUCCUCACCUGCCUUCUGGAAGACUUCGGGAAGAUUGAGCCUCCCUGGUGCCAGGAAGCCAAAGCUUACUUUGUAGAACUGACACUAAACUACCCGAAGGACUUAGGUGCUUUGUGUACUUAACCCCAGGAUCCUCCCUACUUUUUAAGAUAAAGAGUGAUAUUGUA